UGCUGUUUUCUUAUGAUUGUUGGUCACUCAAACCUGAUUGGGACAAAGAAACUGCAGCCUUACAAUAAAGGAAAGACUGGAGUCUAGUGAAUAAUUGAAGUUUCCUUCACUGGCCGCAUCAUCUUGCUGCUCACUAUUACAUCAUGGGAAAUAUGAAAGAGGAUUUGGCCUACGAUCCCCCUUGUCAUCCACGAGCAUGUGCUAUCCAAGCCUGCCUGACAAAAAACUCUUACCAGGAGUCUAAGUGCCAGUCGCAAAUCAAUGCUCUGUACGAAUGCUGCAAUGCGUUCUACCAGGACCGCGGGGAGGACGCGAAGACCCCGAGCUGUCCGAAAUAUAGCCUGCUGAAGCUGAAGAUGAAGCAACGGGCGCAGGAGUCCUGAUUACGAUUUACUGUGUUUCUUGGUCUUCGGUUUGAGGCGAUCAUCCAUGGCCUGUACAUAGCAUCGUGGCACAUAAGCGUAGAAUAGAUCCGAAGCGAUUCGGUUAGAUCCCACCGGCAAGGGACGGGGAUUGAAAAUUCGGGAUGUGGCAAUUCCUUUGCAGCUAAGCCCUCACGUUGAGAAUCAAAAGCUAGGCUAGUUGGGAAUUGCCAGAAUUACUCUAAGACAAUCGUGAGCACGCAGAGAGGCCGUUUUGACCUGGACGAA